AUGGAAGAAGUUGCAUCCAAGGUUUUAUCUACUAAACCAACAUUAUUUUCAUAUUUUAGAUCUUCUGCCUCAUGGAGAGUUAGGCUAGUACUUGCAUUAAAAGGUAUUGAAUUUACAUAUCAAGCUGUAAAUAUUACCAAGGAUGGAGGAGCUUAACAGUAUUCUGAAGACUAUGCCAAGAUGAAUCCAAUGAAUAGAGUUCCAGCUCUGUUCAUUGAUGGAAAGUGUUUAGGAGAAAGUAUUGCAAUCAUUGAAUACUUGGAAGAGACAAGACCAGAUACUCGUAAAGUUUUCCCAUCAGAUCCAUAUCUUAGAGCUAAGGCAAGAUAGCUAACUGAGAUAAUAAAUUCUGGAAUUUAACCACUUUAAAAUCUCGAAGUACUAAAUAAGAUUGAGGAUGAACUUAAGGGUGAUAGAAAAGAAUGGGCUUAGCAUUUCAUCAAGAAAGGAAUGAAUGCCUUUGAAGAAAUCAUCAAAGAAACUAGAGGGAAAUAUUGUAUUGGAGAUGAAGUAUCAAUUGCUGAUGUUUGCUUAAUUCCUUAAUGCUUUGCAGCUGAAAGAUUUGGUGUUGAUUUAGCUACUUUUCCAAAUAUCAAAGAAAUUAGAGAUAGUUUGACUGGGUUACCAGAAUUUAUUGCAGGUGAUUUAAAGUCUCAACCUGACUACGUUGCAUGA